AUGCCAAACACAUUGCGGUCUCUUCCGAACCCCCACCGCGAACACUUAUUUUUUCAAAAUGGCUUUCCUUGGCUGGCGCAAAUGGCCGACACCAGUAAGAUGCUUCCGGCCGACGUGUUUAGCACCCCGCGUCAUGCCUUCAACAGAUCCUUAAACCCUACUGGCCCUUCAUGGUCGCCGCUGGCGUCUCCCUAUACGGAAUCUCCAAGCUGCAGGAUAUGGCUGUCCGCGGUGCGUGUUAAAGUGGUAGCAAAUGACCCACCACUAAUCCAUUCCAUAGCUCCCUCUUAUGCGAGUGACCCCAAGAACCCAUACGCCGCUCAGAUUGCUGCGGAGAAAGGAAGCGCUCAUUAG